AUGCAUCUCAUCCUCACCGGCGCCACCGGCCUCGUCGGCUCGUCCGUCCUCGACGCCAUGAUCAAGGCCAAGGACGUGACCAAAAUCUCCAUCCUCAGCCGCAAGCCCGUCCAGAUGGCCGAGGACCGGCGCGACCCGCGCGUCAGCGUCAUCCUGCACCGCGACUUCGAGACGUACGACGCCAAGCUGCUCGACCAGCUGCGCGACGCCGACGGCUGCGUCUGGGCCCUCGGCAUCAGCCAGACCAAGGUCUCGGCCGACGAGUACGUCAAGAUCACAAAGGACUACACCCUCGCCGCCGCGCGCUCCUUUGCCACGCUGCGCUCCUCUUCUUCUUCCUCCGACGGCGACGCAAAGCAGCAGCAAGAGCAGCAGAAGCCCUUCCGCUUCAUCUACGUCUCGGGCGAGGGCGCCACUCAGACCCCCGGCCGCUUCUCCGCCAUCUUCGCCCGCGUCAAGGGCGAGACGGAGCAGGCCCUCGCCGACCUGACGCGCGAGCUCCCCGCGUCCCUGCAGGCCGACUCCGUGCGCCCGGCCUUUGUCGACCCCUCCCGCCACGACGCCAUCAAGCCGUACAUCCCGGACCCGGGCAUGCUCUACCGGGUCGGCAUGGUGCCGCUGGGCCCGCUCAUCCGCAACGCCUUCAGGGGCAUGCACUCGCCCACCGAGCAGCUCGGGACUUUCCUGACGCAAAUGGCCACAGGCAAGCUCGACGGCAAGCUCGAGGGCCCGGGGGCGUUUAAGCUGGGCCCGUCGUGGGUCAUUGAGAACGUCGGCCUCAGGCGGGUCAUGGGUCUGUAG